AUGGAUAAUCAAACGCCUUUGAAAGAGGAACUUAAACAGAAGAAGGUUGAAUAUGAUGAGCUAUGCGGAACAUCUGGAGUUACUGAAGAAGAGGCAUCAAAAAUCACAAAAGAGUACAUAAAGUUGCUGCAUGACUAUAACGACAUCAAGGACUCUGCUACUGUUCUGCUUGGUAUAUAUGCCGCCAAUCAAGAGGUUACUAUAGCCGAAGCGUAUGAGAAAUUUGAUGUUCCUAGUGAUGAUUAA